AUGAGUCACCAUAUCCAACUGCCUUGCUUUGCGGAGACAAUAACAUCUAGUGGCACUCUGUUCCCAAAUAUCAGCGGAGGGAAACCACAGAAAAAACCUGAAAUGAACUCUGUCCGGCAUCCUCAGCGGCCGGUGAGGACACAGAAGAAGCGAAAUAAACCAAUGAGUAGAGUGGCCCCUAGUGAGUACCCGCAGUGGGAAUUUAAACAUCGCAUGAAGGGAAACCAAGAGACGCAAAAGUCAGUACUUUCUCGCUCUCCUGGAGGAACACUGAAGGACUUGACGGCGGCCCUUUGGCAAACAGCCAAUGAGGAAGGGUCAUGUCGUCGUUUGAUAGUUGCUAAUGAGAACAUCCAGUGGAGAUGUAUUCUUCGAGCUAUGGGAGGGGGUUCUGCCGAAAAGGUGCUCCCAUCCAUGGAGUUGGAGAGCCGUGGGAUGCGGCUGCUUGCCUCUAAGGACUACGCUGGUGCCCACGUUUGCUUCAGCCGUAUCAUCAGACAACAUCCAAAUUCAAAAACGGCCCACUGCCGGCGCGCGAUAUGCGACUGGCACCUGUUGCUCUUUGACGAAUGUAUUGAAGACGCUCGCAGGGGCAUCGAUACAGACAAAGAUAUGUUGAGUCUCCUCUGUCGUUCGUUAGUCGUCCGUGAGAGAUAUCGGGACGCAUGGCGCUGGUAUGACUAUGGGCUGAAAGAGCUCGCUCCGUCAGCGGAUGAUCCACACAAUGUCAAAUGGACGGCGGAGUGUACCGCCCUGCCGGUGUUGCAGAAGUUCCGCUCCUGUAUUGAAGAAAAGAAGUGGAAGGAGGCGUUAUGUUCCUCGGAUGCCGCGCGGCCCCUUAUCGACGAUACGCCGCUGAUACUUUUGGAAGCGAGAGCACUGCUGUACGUGUCCCCAACUGCAGCACGAACACUUCUGAUGGAAUAUGUGCCGACCAUACCUCGCCCAACGUCGCUCCGUAUGGACGUAUCAUUGGAAGAACAAGCAGUUUGGCGGAGUGUAAAUGAGCACUACGUUCAGGCAUCGGUUGUGUUGGCACAAGCAAAUGUAUAUUGUGGAAGCAAAUAUCUAGAGUUCGCCGCUGCUCUCGUGCAAACGUGCCUGACACUCAGCCCUGGUUUCGGCCCAGCCCUUGUGCUCGGGUAUUAUCUCGUAUCACUCGAGGAGGUUCUUGUUCGGGUGGCGGAUUUAUUCGGUAAGAAAAGGUACGUAGACGCCAUUCCUCACAUUAAUGAGGGUUUAGGGUUGGACAAAUCCAACCGUUUGAUGUGCGCACACUUGUAUUGCAUGCGUGCAGAGGUGCAUAGCCAUUGUGGCAGGUAUAACAAUGCUGUUGAUGACUGCACCUCCGCCAUUGAUAUGGACCCCAGUUGUGCGAAGGCCUACGCAUGCCGUGCAGAGGCGCACUACCAGUUGGGUUGCCGAGCCGAAGCUGCUCUGGAUAGACUGACUGCCGUAAAGUUUGAUCCAGAGUUGAGCCACAUCUUGCGUGGUGAUGAGGAGCAGUCGCUUCCUAAGAUGGAAGCAAAUGGCUCCUCACAGCCACGAAAUGGGCAAAAAAGGUGCAUACCCCGGUGGUAUGAUGCCUUUUUGAGAAAGGAUGAUUUCGCAACCGAUCCUUUUGAGAAGACAGAGAAGGAAAACUCGACGCCAGUAGUUCGGACGAUGAAUUCGAUGACCUUGUAUGACGCCUUAGAGCUUCCCUUUGGAGCUACCAUUGAUGAUGUCCGGUCUCAGUAUAAAAAACUCACCCUGAAGUAUCACCCGGAUCGGGUUAUUGGCGAGUCACCAGGUAUGCAAGAGGCUGCACUGGAAAAAUUUAAGCGUGUUAGCAGGGCACAUGAAGUUCUUUCUAAUCCCGAGGAAAAGCUACUCUACGAUGUUUCCCUUGGAAUGACUUUUUCAGCGGCUACAUGA